AUGGGUUCCGUCUUUGUCGAUGAUGUUGAUGCGGGCCCGGGCCUGGCCAAUGGCGGCGACGGCACCAGAUGCUUCAAGAUUGCCGGUCUUGCUUCCCUAAGAGAAGAUGUCCUGCUAUCAUCAUGGCUUAUUGCCCUCAUCCGCACAAGGGAAGACAGGUCUGCUUCUUUUGAGUGGGCCUACGGUAAUGAUGAUGAUAACGAAAAUGGCGUUGAGCAACAGCAGCGGCAGCAGAAGGAGAAGCACAACCAGUUGUCCACAGAUGAUGUGUUACCAGACCUCAACCUGAACAAGAGCGUGGAAGAGUUCACCAAAGCUGGCACAAUACAUCUUCAAGUACAAAUCGAGGAGGGUCACCGCCUGGCAAUUCGCCCGGUAUGGUACAGCGAUAAAGUCUUGCCCUAUACUGUGGAGCGGCAUAUCGAGACCCUAGUUGACAUACUGCGGAUAUGCAUCUCCCGCCCUGCGGAUGUGACCAUUGACAGCUGCAUGGCCCCAACCCCAUUCGAUCUGGACUCGAUAUGGAGGUGGUGUCAUGAGUUGCCCCCAACCCAUGCCUUCUGCAUGCAGGACAUGGUCGCCCAUCAGGCCCAGCGGCACCCUGACAAGGUGGCCAUCGACUCCUGGGAUGGUACCUUGACCUACGGCGAGGUGGACCGCUACUCCACGUUCCUGGCAGCCUCCCUAGUCAACGAUUCUGGCGUCCAGCUGCACGACUUUAUCCCGUUGUGCUUUGAGAAGUCGAGGUGGACCAUCGUUGCCGUGCUCGCGACCAUGAAGGCGGGGGCGACGAUCGUCAUGAUGGACCCGUCGCUCCCGCUGGCCCGCCUGCAGAACAUGGCCAAGCAGGUUGACGCCCGGACCAUGAUUUCGUCACGUCUGCAGAAGGACCUGGCCGAGGAGAUCUUGCCUACUGGAACGCGUUUCGUUCUGGAGGCCGACGCAUUCGCCCGGCUAUCCUCUGCUGAUGCCCAUGCCUCCUCCUCUAUCGAGCUGCCAACUGUGCCCCCAACCGCCUUGAUGUACAUCAUCUUUACCUCUGGCAGCACGGGCACCCCCAAAGGCGUCAAGAUUUCCCACCAGACCUACACCAGCAGUGCGAUUCCUCGCGCCAGGGCCGUCGGCUACUCAGAGGAGUCGAGGGUUUUAGACUUCGCCUCCUACGCCUUCGAUGUCAGCAUAGAUAGCAUGCUCCUGACGUUGGGGAACGGCGGUUGCCUUUGCAUCCCCUCCGAUGAAGACCGUCUCAACGACAUCAACGGUGUGAUGCGUAACAUGCGCAUCAACUACGCCGGUAUUACCCCUUCCGUAGCCCGCAUCCUGGACCAGGACGUCAUCGCAUCACUAAGUGCCCUUGGCCUCGGCGGCGAGGCGUCUGCCCCUCGAGACGUCAACCUCUGGGGCCAGGACGCGAGGAUUGUCAUCGGCUAUGGGCCCUGUGAGUGCACCAUCGGCUGCACCGUCAACAGCAGCGCCGCCACAGGCAGGGACUACAUCUCCAUCGGCCCAGGCAACGGCGCCGCCAUGUGGAUCGUCGAUCCUAACGACCACAACAUCCUCCUACCCGUCGGCGCGGUGGGUGAGCUGCUCGUCGAAGGGCCCAUCGUGGGCCAAGGCUACCUCAACGACCCUGACAAGACCGCUGCUGCCUUCAUCCACGAUCCACCUUGGCUCCUUGCGGGCCACAAUGGCCACCCUGGCAGGACUGGCCGUUUGUACAAGACGGGCGAUCUGGGCAUGUACGAUCCGGAUGGUUCGGGCGACAUCGUCUUUGCCGGGCGAAAGGACACGCAGGUCAAGCUGCGCGGGCAGCGCGUCGAGCUCGGCGAGAUCGAGAGCCAGCUCAAGGCCAGGCUGCCUUCCGGGACCAAUGUGAUCGCUGAGGUCAUCACACCGCAGGCAUCUGCAGGGCAGCCAACCCUCGUGGCAUUCGUCUCUCAUAAGGCAAAGGUUAAUGGAGUAGAGGACCUGUCGGCUGCUGAGCUCUCGGAUGACCUGCACGGGGCGCUGGCGAAAGUGAACGCGGACCUGGGUAAAGUUCUACCGCGAUACAUGGUGCCCAACGCGUACAUUCCGACAAACUAUAUCCCAACCCUGAUCUCGGGCAAGAUAGAUCGCAAGCGGCUUAGACAGUUCGGCGCAACGGUCGACCUGCAGAAGCUCGACCAGACCUCGUCGACCACAAAGGCUGCUCGGGAGGAUCGGGAGCUCAACGGUCUCGAACGGCGCCUGCGGCACGCCUGGAGCCUCGUAUUGAAGCUCGACGAGGAUGGAAUCCACCCAGACGACAACUUUUUUGCGCUAGGUGGCGAGUCCGUAGCGGCCAUGCGGCUGGUGUCUGCAUGCAGGGAGAGAGGCCUUGAACUGUCUGUGACCAGCACAUUUGGCCACCCUACACUUGGCGCCAUGGCCCAGACGGUCCGUAUCUGCGAAGUGGACACUCGUAAGGAGACACCACCCUUCUCCCUCAUCUCACAGUCUGUCGAAAGCGCCUCUGCCGAAGCGGCCCAGGCCUGCGGGACGGAUCCAGCAGCUGUCGAGGACAUCUACCCUUGCACUCCCACGCAGGAGUCGCUGGUCACCUUCUCACUCAAGUCGAGCGAGCCAUAUGUCGCACAGAGGAUUGCCUGUGUGCCGUCGCACCUGUCCCUUGACGCCCUGCAGCAGGCUUGGGAGGCGGUCGUCGCCGCAAACCCGAUCCUGCGCACCCGUGUGGCCCAGCUGCAGGACCCUGGCCUGCAGCAAGUCGUGCUGAAGGAAAAGGUCCACUGGAGACGCUCGACGGACCUGGCGAGGUACCUCGAGGAGGACCGGAACGAGAGGAUGGACCUGGGCCAGAGCCUGGCACGGUAUGCCAUUGUCGAAGACGCCAAGGACGGCAAGCGGUACAUGGUCUGGACUGUCCAUCAUGUGCAAUAUGAUGGGUGGUCUGAGCCGUUGAUACUUGACAUGGUCGUGGAGGCUCUGAAAGGUCAAGCCGUCGAGGCGCAAGCGCAAACCAGAGCACAGAUGAAGAACUUUGUGCAAUGGAUUCGCGACACAGACGAGGCCGCCAUGCAAGACUUCUGGCGGACCGAGCUGCAGGACGCCAUGGGGCCACAAUUCCCACGGACUCCGUCCAGAGACUUCCUGCCAACCCCGGAUGCCAUGGUCGAGCGCCAAAUACGUCUCGACUCGGUAGACGGGCUGCCCUUCACCAUGGCGACACUAAUCCGCGGCGCAUGGGCCCUCGUGGCCUCGCAAUACAGCGGCAGCGACGAUGUCAUCUUUGGCGAGACCCUCACUGGCCGCGAUAUCUCGCUUCCCGCCGUCGAGGACAUUCUCGGACCCCUAAACGCAACGAUCCCCAUUCGCAUUCGCCUGAGCAAGUCGAGCUCCGUCGCGUCCUAUCUGCAGAGCGUGCAGCACGUCAUGUCGUCUCGCAUCCCGUACCAACACAUGGGCAUGCAGUACAUCAGAAGGGUCAGCGUCGACGCUCAACACGCGUGCGAGGCGCCAACGGGCCUGGUGAUCCAGCCAGAGCCUGAGCUCGUGGGCGGCGAGUUGGGCUUUGAGCUGGGUGACCCCGUGCGUGAGGCCCUUCAUUUCAACCCUUAUCCGCUUAUGCUGGCAUUUGGGCUGCGGAAAGGUGGUUUCAGGGUCUGCGCCAGUUUCGAUAGCAGCCUGGUCGAGGUCACACAGAUGGAGCGUGUCCUGGCACAGUUGGAGACGGCCUGUGUGCAGUUGACGCAGGGUCUCGAUAGGAGAAUUGAUGAGAUGUCUUACCUACCACAGGCGGAGCUGGACCAGAUCUGGCGCUGGAAUCAGACUCCCCCGCUUUCUCUGGACGAAUCGACAGGCCACCUUCGAGCAGACACAAGCAUCAAGAAUGGAGCCGAGUAUCCUCGCAUAGUCGUCCCCUGGGUGGUUGAUCCGCGCAACCCGUCCAUGCUGUCGCCCAUCGGCUGUCCCGGUGAGCUCUGGCUGGAAGGCUCGUGCAUUCCGGGAGGCGAUGCGGUGGAUACACCGGCCUGGCUGGCGGCUGGAAGCUCUCAGUGCGUGGGUCGGGCGGGCAAGGUACGACCUACGGGUGAUAUUGUGCAGUUGCGGCCAGAUGGCGUUCUGGUGUUUGUCGGCCGCAAGGAUGAUAUUGUCCCGGUAUCAGGACAUGCGGUCAACGUCGCUGAUCUCGAGGCACACUGCGCAAGACUGCUGCCCCCCUCGGUUCGUGCUGCUGCUGCUGUGUUUGAGACCUCGGUGGGAGAUGACGCGCAGAAGGACCAAGAGUUGGUCAUCUUUGUUGAGCAGCAGCCGCAGCAGCCGCCUUCUUCUGCUGAAGAGAGCAUAGAGGUCAUGUUCAUGAGGCAUGAGGUCAGCUGUGAUGAGUCGGAUCCUGACAGCUUUACGACGAGCCUCUCCGCCGACGUCCCCAUCAGCCUCGCUGUCGCCCUCAAGAAACUCGACAAGUUCAUCCGAGACGACCUCCCGUCAAGCUCUGUGCCCUCUGCCUAUGUCGUGGUCGACAGACUUCCCCUGAGCAAUAACAACAGCAACAGAGAAGUGGACCGCAGCGUUCUCAAGCAGUUGGCCUCCAAAAUCCCGCGGCACGUACUCGGCCAGCUUCGCGAGGGAUUCAAGAAGGCGUGGGAGACAGACCUGGUACCGGGCAGCCUCACGGCAGCCGAGGACAUCCUGCGCUCUUCAUGGGCACAACUCCUCCGCAUGCGCCCAGAGCAGAUCGACGUUGACGACAACUUCUUCCGCCUCGGAGGUGACUCGGUGCUUGUGAUGAAGUUGGUCUCUGGCCUGCGCGCGCAGGGGCAUGGAUUGACGGUAGCCGACGUCUUCCAGCACAUGCGCCUUGGUGAUGCAGCUAAAGUAUUGAAGGUGAAUGCGGCUUCGACGGGAAAGACGCUGCAAUACAAGCCUUUCUCGACUCUGCGUGGCGUCCCGGACGUGGACCAUUUCUUGUCCGAGUUCGUGCGGCCCAAACUGGCCAGCUCGGCCUGGUCGAUCAAGGACGCCGCACCGGUGACGGACUCUCAGGCGCUCGACAUAAGAACGACCGUCGACGCACCGCGGACUUCGGUGCAGUAUACUAUGCUGUACCUCGGCGACGAUGUGGAACAAGAGCGUCUCCUUCAGGCAUGCAGGAACCUGGUCAAGGCCCACGACAUUCUGCGCACAGUGUUCAUCGAGCACGAGUCCACCUUCUUACAGGUUAUCCUGGAUGAGCUAGACACUCCUCUAAUCACGCAGCAGACUGAUGACGAGGAUCUCAGCCAAGCUGUCGCCGCCAUCUGUACCGAGGACAGUGAAUCCGAGAUUCCACUUGGGGCACCGUUCCUCAAGAUCUUCCACGUCACAGAUAAAAAUAACAGCCAGCAAUGUCUCGUGUUAAGACUCUCGCAUUCUCAGUACGACGGCAUGUCCCUCCCCAGACUGCUUCAGGAUCUGGAGUCGCUGUAUACUGGAGGCAAGAUCACCACCGACUUCGAGCAUUUCCCCACCUACUUAGCCCGGAUCAAGGACGAACGCGCCCAAACCAAGGCCCUCAGCUACUGGCGAAACCUGCUCAAAGAUUCCACGCUGUCUUCGCUGCCCGGCCAGUCCAUCAAGCCCGGCGAUAGGGGCGUCUUCAGAGAACAGGCCGCCAUCGAAUCCUUCCAGCCCCUGGAGGCCAUCACGACCGCCAACCUCCUCACCGCGGGCUGGGCCCUGGUCCUCGCGCGCCGCCUUGGCAUUGCCGACGUGACGUUUGGCGGCGUCACAUCGGGCCGUAGCAUCGAUGUCAACGGUGCCGCGGGUGUCGAGAAUGUUAUUGGGCCGUGCUACCAGCUGACGCCCAUUCGGGUCUCUUUUGUGUCUGGAUGGACGGCCGCCGACCUGCUGAGCUUUGUCCAGAGGCAGAGUGCCGAAUCUGCGGCGUAUGACUUUGUCGGAUUCGAGACGGUGGCCAGGGAGUGUGCGGCACAGUGGUUGUCGCCGUCAACGGUGCGGACCUUCGACUCGAUCGUUCACCACCAGGACUGGGAUGACACAGACUCGAUGCCGUUCGCUGGGGGUCAAGCUAAGCUAGCCAUCUCGAACCCGCACGGGGAUAGCCCUCAGCCUCUGAAGGUAGUUUCGUUUGUACGGGAGGGCCAGUUGCGAGUUGGGGUGGUUGGAAGUGAGAGGGAUCUUGAGUUUGUGGAGGGUGUACUUGGGGAGCUAGUUGGGGCAGUUCGGGAGCUUGUUGAGGGUGGGGAUGGGCAGCGCAUCUUGUUGUGA